GGUUCUGUACACUUCGUCUCUCUCACUCCCCCACAUAUAGUGUAUCGCCGUCUCGUUCUGUCCGGUGGCUCCAUCUCGCUCUCGCCGGCUAAGCUGGUCGUGAGAUUUCGCUCGGAUCCGACUCUCCGGUGGAUCGGAUCCAAAAAACAACAAGAGGCAAACAACAAAAACUGCAAAACUAAGUCAAAACAAUUGAAGUGAAAUUCUCGCGGCACAAUUUUGAUAUUAGAUAAACGAGAUAAUUCUUCCCGCCGCGGGCACUGCGAGUGGAACUGAAAUCUGUGGCCUAGAACCAGAGCCACAUCAAAUAUUAUUAAUAACAAUCAGUAAAAGUGGAAAACGCGAUGCGGCUAAUUGGAUUUAUGCUAAAUUUGGCAGCCCUAACAGCUGUCGUCUUGGGCAAUCACCAUGAGAGCCUGUCGCUGAGUCCGGCGGAGCAUAGCGUUGUGCGCUACACAAACGAGUCCCUCAUUGUGCAGUGCCGGAGCCCCGAUCCGGACGUAAAGCUGCAUUGGAAAUCGCCAAAAGGGGAAAUUAUACGAGAGCACAAAGGACGCAUCCACAUUGAGCAAACAUCGCCAGAACAAUUGAAAAUCGUUUUCGCCCACAUCGCACUGGCGGACAAGGGCAAUUGGAGCUGCGAAGCUGCUGAGGGCCGUCUGCAUAGUAAAUCCUUCGAUUUGAUUGUAUAUCAGAAAAUUACGUUCACGGAGAACGUCAGCGUGAUAACCGUAAAAGAGGGCGACAAGGACAAGACUAUAUUGUGCGAGGUGAAGGGAGAACCGCAGCCAAAUAUCACCUGGCAUUUCAAUGGGCAGCCCAUUAGUGUGGAUACGGCAGAUGGCUCCAAGUAUCGCAUCCUGGCCGAUGGUUUGCUCAUCAACAAGGUAACACAGAGUGACACCGGCGAGUACACGUGCCGGGCAUACCAAGUGAAUUCGAUUGCUUCCGAUAUGCAGGAGCGCACAGUUUUGAUGAAAAUCGAACACAAACCAUUUUGGACGCACAAACAGUUCGUGAGCAUGCAGUAUGCGUACAUCAACGGGACGGCGUCCAUCAUGUGUGAGGCCCAGGCAGAGCCGCCGGCCACCUUCACGUGGCAUCGGAAGCAGAAGCGACUGCACAGCAACGAGCGGCUCUACACGAUCGAGGGAGACCACUACUGGUCGCGGUUGACCGUCCAUGUGCUGAACGUCAGUGUAUUUGACAACUAUCGCUGCCGGGCCACCAAUCAUCUGGGCAGCAUCGAGCGGACAAAACGCCUGGAGCAGGGCGAGAAGCCCCCAUCGCCCAUCACGUUCCAGCUACGCGGCUUCAACUCGAACACCUUCGAUGUGGAUGUUAGUGCCCCGCGUGGGCCCGAGGACCGCGGACCCAUGGAGGUGAACGGCUUCCGGAUCGAGUACAUGUCCGAGCUGGAGUUCAAGUCGGAUGCGGGCAAGUGGACCAAUGCCAGGCGCAAGGACUUCCCCUUCGAAGAGGGUGCCACUUUCCUCAUUACCAACUUGGAACCCGACACCUAUUACCUGAUGAGGGCCGCCUCCCGCAACCUUGCCGGCUUUAGUGACUUUACCAAAGUAGAGAAGUACAAGACGCUGUCACUGGAGCCGCGCGUGUCUUCGGCGCACCCGCUGCCCCAAUCCACAUCUCUGUGCUUCGGUUUGAUGGCUUUGAUGUGUCUGACACUACGGCUGGGAUAUUGAAUCUGUAUCUGCAGGCGGAUGACGGAUAAUGGAUGAGAGAUGACGGAUGACGGAUGAUGGCCGAUGUAUGACGUAUGAAUUUGGACGGGUGAUGCACCUAGCGGAACCGUGGCGAGCCCUUAACCCCCAUGUGCUUUGUUUAGCUUUAAGGCGUGUCCGUGAGGUCACAUUUCUGUCUGAUUUGCUUGGUCUAAGUUCUUGGUUUAUUCCACUGUUGAUACAACCCAAAAACCAAUGUUAUGUUAAGUUUAGAACGACUCUCUCAUUAGCUUUGAACUUGCUUAAGGAUUAUGACUAUAGUUGAAAAGGAUAAAUAUUUAUGCAAAACACAUAGGAAUAUUUAUAUUUAAACAAAUCCUCAUAGUGCUUAACUGGAAUACCAAACUGCAACUUAAGAUUUGCGAUACAGUGGGCCAGAAGCUGUUCAAGCUUCCCAAAAAAGUACCAACUGAAGCCUCUAUCAUAACGUUUGCUCAACUUUUUUCGGUAUGCAAAUCAGAAAAUAAAUCUUAGCUGAAUAAUUAUCCAAAACUAAAAUUAUUCGUUGUUGAGCUUAGGCCCUGGCGCCCACAAGAUGUUUUG